UAUCUGUCAUCAUCAUUUCAAAGUUGUUUUCAAAUUGGGGUACCUUGUGUAAAUUAUUAUUAUCAAAAGCCAAUGCUAUGUAUACAGACGACAAUUCCGAUAAAGAGAGCGAGUACGAGGAGAGAAGUCCCGACGACACCCCGAACGUGACGAAGAAAUCUUUAUCGACUGUCGGGUUCAGGAACAAUCCGGAGAAUCAGAACGCGCGGCCGCUGGCCAUCCGCGCGACGCAGUCCUUCACCGGGGCCGUGGAGGAGCUGAGACUGUGUGGGAACUUUCAGAGGAUAAAUUUGUGUAACAGGAUGAACGUGAUAUCAGUGCCGAAGAUAGCGACGAUAUGCCCGUGCGGCUGCCUGCUGCGGCCCGCCACCACGGGGCCCUUCCGCACGCGCGAGCAGAACACGCUCGCGCUGCACGUGGUGCCGCCUGAGGUGCUCACACACCACGGGUAUAGCUUCCAGUCCAGCCAGAUCGCCAUGUUUUGGAAAAAAGACUGUCGUAUGUUCCUAUGGAAAGGAAAAGCUAAACAGAAGAACGUGAUAAAUGCCGAUUCGUAUAAAAAAUAA